CUUACAGCACCAGUGAACUGCUCGGAUCACUUGUGGUUGUGAAGCCAUGAUGGUGAAGUUGACUGCUGUUUGCCUUGUGGGGCUGGCCUUACUUGCCAGCUUCUGUGAUGGUCAGAGUUGGGGGGGGUACCAGAAACCUUCAGUACCCCAAAAUCCCACAAAACAGAAGCCAGCAGAACCCCCACAGCAAAAGCAUACAUUUGAAAAAGAGCUCACUUGGACUUACCCCUCUGACCCCCAGCCUGAACCCAAGGUUGAUGUGCCAUUCGAGCAGAGAUAUCCUGUCCCUGCUGCAACUGUUGCUGUGGAGUGCAGAGAGGAUACGGCUCAUGUGGAAGUCAAAAAGGACCUGUUUGGAAUUGGCCAGUUCAUUGAUCCAGCUGACCUGACCUUGGGAACAUGUGCUGCUGUUGCAGAAGAUACUGCCGCUCAUGUGUUGAUUUAUGAGUCUGCACUGCAUCAGUGUGGGAGCGUAUUAACAUCAACAGAUACUUCUCUUGUCUACACCUUCACUUUGAACUACAGCCCUAAACCUCUGGGCAGCGCUCCUGUGGUGAGGACCAGCCAAGCUGCUGUAAUUGUGGAAUGCCAUUAUCCAAGGAAGCACAAUGUGAGCAGCCUUCCUCUUGAUCCCCUCUGGGUACCAUUCUCUGCUGUUAAGAUGGCUGAAGAGUUCUUGUACUUCUCUCUGAAACUCAUGACUGAUGACUUUUUGCAUGAGAGGCCAAGCUAUCAGUAUUUCCUUGGUGACCUGAUACGCAUAGAGGCUACUGUCAAGCAGUACUUCCACGUACCCCUGCGUGUCUAUGUGGACAAUUGUGUAGCUACUCUUUCACCAGACUCAACUUCUAAUCCCAGAUAUGCCUUUAUUGAUAACCACGGGUGCAUGCUUGAUGGUAGGAUCACAGGAUCUGACUCAAAGUUCCUGGCUCGCACUGUAGAGAACAAGCUUCAGUUCCAGUUGGAGGCCUUCAGGUUCCAGGGUGCUAAUAGUGGACUGAUCUACAUUACCUGCCACUUGAUAGCUACAUCUGCUUCCCAUGCCAUUGACACAGAGCACAGAGCUUGUUCUUACACUGGCGGAUGGAAGGAGGCCAGCGGAGCUGAUGCUGUUUGUGGGUCCUGUGAGUCUAGUGGAUUUGAGGUACAUGUCCCCACAGGAGUUAUACCUGGUACUUCAGCUCAUGGCAGUGGAUCACAUCAUGGGGCUGGGGAUGCAAAGAUCCCAGGGGGAGGUCACCCUAAGGAUACUACGAAAAAAAGACCGUGGCGCGAUGUGUCCCAAGCAGAAGUUUUGGAAUGGGAAGGUGAUGUCACUCUGGGUCCCAUCCCCAUUGAGGAGAAGAGGGUCUCUGAGACGAAGAAUUAAAAGAAUUUCCCCCUGAGGCCAUGACCAUCAAAAUAAACAUCAUCAUUGCUUCAUAA